AUGGCCAACAGAGAACCUCGCUUCAACCAGAGUGUCCUGGUGGACACCACCCCGAUGCCCGCCGAUAUCCCCAAGGUCGAAGAGGUCGGAGCUACGUCGGCGCCGUUGACGAGCGCAGCUUAUUUCAUUGGAGAUCGGUGCCGGGCAUUCAAUGACGAUUACAUGAAGUGCAAGAGCGAGGCGAAUGGACGCGGGGAAUUGGAAUGUUUGAAGGAGGGUCGUAAGGUCACUCGUUGUGCGGCUAGUGUUAUCAAGGAUAUCAACACCAACUGCUUGAAGCAGUUCACUGCCCACUGGGAGUGUCUGGAGAACAACAACCACAACCUGUGGGAAUGCCGCAGGCCCGAGAUGGAAUUGAACAAUUGUGUUUUUGAGAAGCUGGGUCUCAAGAAGACUAUCCCCGGUGCUCCGGAGAAUCAGACUCCUGUACAUCUCCGGCCCAAGCAGCUGUAUGCUCAAUACGCCGGUCCUCAGUACUAG